AAUAUCAUUGUCCCGAUAGAAGAACAGCCACUACUUGGUGAUGAGCUACUGAACUGUGACAUACAUACAUUUGAUAAGAAGAUUGUGAUGGUGAAAACACAAAAGGAAAGUGAUGAAUUUCUUGGGACAUUUCCCAGUUGAACUGGGAAUUAAGCUGUUCUGACCUGUACUGAACAACUUGAUAAUCAGAGUAAGCUGCCUUGUUGUAGCUUCAGUUGCUGCCUUUUCAUUUUCACAGAGAAACGUAGGAUCUUCCUGGAAGCAGAACACAGUAAUUAGACUGUCAGAUACCCAUGAAUCAGAUCUCCAGCAGCAACAGAUCCAAGAGGAGGAGGAAAAAAAUCUAAAAAAUCCGAUGCUUUUAGAUGAAGAAGAGGAAGACAGUACAAUGACCCAAAUUCGAGGGCAACGAAACUUGAAACCAAGUUUAGCUGGGAAAAUAGGGUCUGAAGAAUUUGAGUUUUUGAUACAUGACAAGGAAUUGAGCAAUGUGACAGAGAUGGGGCUUGUACAGAGCUUGGUGAAGGAAGUGGAGCAGAGGAAAGUGACCAUUGAAGGGAAACUGCUUGAAUUGUAUGGUCUGAAAGAACAGCAAUUAUCCAUUGAGCAUUUGCUAAGGCAAUUAGAGGACAAAACCACGGAGAUUGACAUGCUUAGGAUCACCAUUGAAUCAUUGCAGGUUGAGAGAGAGAAGCUUCAUGAACAAAUCAAAGAGGGUUUUCGUAGCAGAGAAUCAACUUGAAAUGGCAAAGAAGAGGUUAAAGGGAAUGCAAGAGAAGAUAGAAGCCAAAGGAAGCCAGGUAAUAGGGCGGUUGAUGUUGCUCCAAGAACAAGUUUCCAGCUUUAAGAAUGAUGAUAUCUCUUUCAGAGAUACCAUGGUUGAGAAGAAGCUCGAAUCUGUCAAAAAUGUUGGGCUUGAAGUUGCAGAAAUGAAGAGGAUGAACAAAGAGCUUGAGUUAGAAAAGAGGGAAUUGGCAAUUGAGUUGAUUGUUGCCAAAGCCAGAAUCGCAGCUCUUUCCAAGAUGACAGAGGAUAAAAUUAUGGCCAAGGCCAAAGAGGAAUUAAGUAGUUUAAAACAUGCAAAUGAAGAACUUCAGGAUCAAGUUGAAAGAUUGCAGAAGAACAGAUUCGACAUGGUCGAAGAACUUGUGUACCAGCGCUGGAUCCACACUUGCUUAAGGUUUGAAAUCCAAAAUCAUCAAAACAAAUCAAUAAAGACCUCGAAAUGUGAUUCGAGCAAGCCUUCAAGCCAAGAAUCUCAUGAGAAAACUAAGCCAUUAAUGUCAGAUCCCAGAUUUGACAGCAUUUCCUCUGACACCUCUGCCGAGAGUGACGAAAUUUACAGCAGUACUACAUAUGAUAGCUCAUCAAGUAGCCAAAGAAGCAGUGCUGAUAGACUUGGUGUAACUUCAAGCAUUAAGAGGUGGGGGAGAAGCAAGGAUGAUCGGACCUCUAGAGGGGAUUCUUUGAGCAGGAGUGGCCUAAUUCGCAGAUUUUUCAUGUCAGUGGUUCCAUCAAAGCAACCAAUGCUAAGGAAAACAGGGGAUAGUUUAGUCAUCACCUUAUCCAAGAAACUAGAACUGCAAGACUCCAACAAAUCUGUGGAAACACAGACUUUUCAGCGCACAAGGCGUGUUUCAUUUAAUGAUUCUGUUAAAUCAAUGGAGUAUUCAACAUAUCUAGACAUGCCAAAGUCAAAUGAAGAGAUAUCGGAUGGAAAGAAAAACUAUGCUUUGAGGAGUAAAUUUGAGGGUGAGAAACAUGAAUCUUCAUAUGCAACAUUAGCAACUGUGAUGGAUGGCCAUUCAAGCAGUCCAGCUGGGGAAUGCAUUAAGAAAAGAAUCAAUCCACAUGGAGGAAACAGGACUGAAAUUUCUCAUGGAGACGAGCUGCUGCAUUCAAGAACUUCCAAAGUGAUUAUUCCCAGUGAUAACCGGGUUAAGACCCAUCUGCUGCAUCUUGUAGCUGCUCUCCUCUUUGUCUUCAUGUUGCUUGUUUAUUUCUUAUAUCUUUCUGCUAGGAUUUACUAAGCUUAAACUUUUUAUGUUCAAUUGAAUUUCACAGAUUCAUAUAAUAGAAUUUUUGCACC